GUCACGGCUCACCUGUGGGUGGGUGAAGGACCUGGGAUUAGCUGUAGCCGCAGGUAAUAGCCAAACAUUGGAAGACGCUUGGCUACACAAGACUGAUUUUUAACAAAAAGGAGACGACACGAAUGAACUGAGUUGUGUUGUUCGGUCGAGGCACCCGAGUUAAGGUUUGCAACCCUUGUUUCGUGGAAAUACAGUCACCUGGAAAUCUGUGGGCGGUCGAUAUCGAAGUCUUUCUUUCUCUGUUUGAGCCACUAGCAGAAGUUUUCUCUCUGACACUUCCGCGGUUUGCUCGUUGAACAAGGUAUCUGGGAUAAAAGACAACAAGAAGUGUAUCCUCUUAUGCGGUCCCCAGCAUUUUGAGCCAUGCCUGGCCACAACACAGGGGCUCCCCAGGCGUCCCACCACCACAAGCACCACAGCACCGGAGCAGAAAAGUACAGACAGACUCGGACUAUAUCCAGGGAGAGCACAGCCAGCCAAGACUCCUACAAGGAUCCUCAUGGGGAGCAUCUACACGAGCACCACACCGGCCAACUCCGGUAUUCAGAAAACAAGUAUGGCCGCAGCAGAGGCCACCCACGAAAUGGCACGGGACGGGGCUCUGAGACUAUAGGAUUUAUUCCUGGGUCGGCAGACAGCACGCCUACUGGCAGACAUGACUGUGGCUCCUGUGCCUCCAUGGGUUGGAGUGGCUGUAAGGCUUUUAUCUGCUGUGUACUGACCUGUGGAUUUUAUGGCAGCCGAGAGCCCUGCCUGCCUGCUAACGAGAGCUCCACGGACCAUCCCCCUAAAGCAGGUAUUGAGCCUCACCCUCCUAAUGGCAUUAGUGUGACCAACCCCACCUGUGGAAUCCCUUUGGAGUCCAGGAAGUCUCCCAAAGUCUCUAAGUUGCCCACGAGUGACAGCUUCCGCUACCCGGAUGUACGCAUCGCAGGGCAGACAGUAAGGUAUCCUGCUCCGGCCCCCAAACGGACCCGUAUGCCUGGCAAAGGGGAAAGCCAGCGGCCUAUCAGCAACACCAGCCUGUUGUCCCGCGAAGACUAUGACUUAGAUGACCUGAGCGACACAGGCACAGACAUUGACUCUCUUAUCACCAAGAAGCUGCUGGAGCUGUACGCCCUGCACCAGAUCGACCAGCUGGCCAAGUGCACCUCUGACUCUUCUUUCUCCCGCAAGACCAACGAGAUCAGCGAGCUCAUCUACAGCAUUGCUCAGGACUACAACCUGGAGGAGCAGGAGGCCGAGUGCAAGCUGGUGCACGGAGUCAUCCGCAUCAGCACGCGAAAGGGCAAGAGGAACAAGAGCCAUCAGUCGCUGGGACAGCGUCCUAAUGGGAGGAGCGACGGGACUCUCCCUGACAGCGGCAACGAGACCAUGACCAACACUUUCAUGAGCAGUGACUGUAAGCAAAUCAUUUCCAGAGGUGAAAGUGUCAGAGCAGACGCCAUCAGAUGAGCUGGCGAGGAAAAUGAGACAUUACAGUGGGAGAACGUACUACUCCAGCCCCUCCACAGGAUACUCGCCCCACCAUCAUGACACCGAAAGAGACUCUUCAGGCACUCCUCUGAUUCUCUGAAGGGCAAUACAAAAACUAAAGUACCUAUGUUGACAAGGGAUUUAGCCAAUGAGAUGGAUAAUGUCAUCCUUCCGCUAUCAAUUGUUUUUGUUGUUGUUGCUGUUACUGACUGAUGCACCUUUUGUAACCCUGGGCGGUGGUCCGGCUAAUGUUUGUUAUUGGACUGUCAUUUAAAUGGACCUUUUAUCUUUGCAGCAAAUGACCCACGGAGGAAACAGUGUUGUUGUUUACUUCGCACAGGGAAAGACACUGCAAGUUUUUAUGUAUGUGUAAGCAGUGUUUAAGGUUCUUUUCAGAAAAAGAAACGACACUCCAUGCAAUCUUAGCAGUCAGGCCAGAGGAUAGAUACUGAUCCUGUGAUCUGUGUGAUUGUUUAUGCAGGCCAUUGUGCAUGCACUGUAUUGUAUGUAUGGGCUUAUUGACUCCUGCCAUUUAGACUCCUUUAAAAGCAUGUUUUGACCUGAGAACUGCAUUGUUAAGCCAUAUUUUGAUAUAUAUGUUUUUAAGUCGAUGUUACUUUCUAGGUUGUUAAAACCAUUGGUGGCUUUUGGCCACAGUUUUUUUUUAAUUCACAGAUAUGUUGUGUUUUUUUUAACAAAAUAAAAAUCUCCAUACUUG